UUCACAGCUGGCUUUGGUGACGUUGCGGUUUCCUCCCCCUCUCCUUCUCUUCCUCCUCUUCUCCCUCCCUUCCUCCCUCCUUCUAACCCCCCUACCCCUUUACUAGUGGAGCCUAGACACAGCCUCCCCUCUCCUCGGUCUCCCCACCCCCUAGCUUGCUAUCCUAGUGGACCCAGUUCCUCCCGCCUGGCUCUAGCCUCAAGUGGCCAGCGCAUCCUGGGGGGCAGUGGAGAAGAGCAGAGCUGAGAGUUCCUGGCGCACAUCCAUGGAGCAGCGGGGACUAAGGGGCGCCAAGGGAGGCGGUCUUCCCCCACCCAAGGCUCCGGCCGCCAUGGAGUGAAAACGGGGCGGCGGGGGCCUGAGAGCCCGGGCCGAGACUGGGAGCCUAUUGAGGACUGAGCGGCUGCAGCGGCCCAGGAACGGACAUUUCGAAGAUGGUUUGGCUGCCUUUGCGACUUGGAGAUCUGAUGCCACAAUGAGGACUCACACACGGGGAGCUCCCAGUGUGUUUUUCAUACAUCUGUGUUAUUUUGUGGCAGCCUAUAUCACUGACGAGAAUCCUGAAGUCAUGAUUCCUUUCAUCAAUGCCAACUAUGACAGCCACCCAAUGCUGUAUUUUUCUAAGGGAGAAGUGGAAGAGCUGCAGCGGAGAGCAGCCAGUACACAUCGGCACAUUGCCGCAAGGUUGACUGAAGCAGUGCAAAUGAUGCUGUCCAGUCCUCUGGAGUAUCUUCCUCCUUGGGAUCCCAAGGAUUACAGUGCAAGGUGGAAUGAAAUCUAUGGCAACAACCUGGGUGCCUUGGCAAUGUUCUGUGUGCUGUAUCCCGAGAAUAUCGAAGCCCGAAAUAUGGCCAAGGAUUACAUGGAGAGGAUGGCUGCUCAGCCUAGUUGGCUAGUGAAAGAUGCUCCUUGGGAUGAAGUCCCCCUUGCUCACUCUCUGGUUGGUUUUGCCACUGCCUAUGACUUCCUGUACAACUACCUGAGCAAGACCCAACAGGAAAAGUUUCUUGAAGUGAUUGCCAAUGCCUCAGGAUACAUGUAUGAAACAUCAUACCGCCGAGGAUGGGGGUUCCAAUACCUGCACAAUCACCAGCCUACCAACUGUAUGGCUCUGUUGACGGGAAGCCUGGUUCUAAUGAAUCAAGGUUAUCUUCAAGAAGCCUAUUUGUGGACCAAACAAGUUUUGGGCAUCAUGGAGAAGUCUAUGGUCUUACUCAGAGAAGUUACAGAUGGCUCCCUCUAUGAAGGAGUAGCCUACGGUAGCUAUACCACCAGAUCCCUCUUUCAGUACAUGUUCCUGGUACAGAGGCAUUUUGAUAUCAACCACUUUAAUCAUCCUUGGCUUAAGCAACACUUUGCAUUUAUGUACAGAACAGUCCUUCCAGGUUUUCAAAGAACAGUGGCAAUUGCAGACUCAAAUUACAACUGGUUUUAUGGGCCAGAAAGUCAAUUGGUCUUUCUAGAUAAAUUUGUCAUGCGUAAUGGCAGUGGCAAUUGGCUGGCAGAUCAGAUUCGACAGAACAGAGUGAUAGAAGGUCCAGGAACAGCAUCAAAAGGGCAGCGCUGGUGUACCUUGCACACUGAAUUUCUCUGGUAUGAAGCCAGCUUGGGUUCUGUACCCCCACCAGACUAUGGAACCCCAACACUGCAUUAUUUUGAGGACUGGGGUGUUGUGACUUAUGGAAGUGCCUUGCCUGCAGAGAUCAAUAGACCUUUCCUUUCCUUCAAGUCAGGAAAACUUGGAGGACGUGCAAUCUAUGACAUUGUCCACAGAAACAAGUACAAAGAAUGGAUCAAAGGAUGGAGAAAUUUUAAUGCUGGCCAUGAGCAUCCUGAUCAGAACUCAUUUACCUUUGCUCCCAAUGGCGUGCCUUUCAUCACGGAGGCUCUCUAUGGGCCAAAGUACACCUUCUUCAACAAUGUGCUAAUGUUUGCCCCCGCAGUAUCAAAAAGCUGCUUCUCUCCCUGGGAGGGUCAGGUCACAGAAGACUGUUCAUCAAAGUGGUCAAAGUACAAACAUGACUCGGCUGCCCACUGUCAGGGGAGAGUGGUGGCUGCUCUGGAGAAGGAGGGAGUGGUUUUUAUACGAGGGGAAGGAGUGGGGGCCUACAAUCCUCAGCUAAAGCUGAAAAAUUUCCAGAGGAACCUAAUUCUCUUGCACCCUCAGCUCCUCCUCCUUGUGGACCAAAUCCACCUGGAAGAAGACAGUCCUUUAGAGACAGCGGCAAGCUUUUUUCACAAUGUGGAUGUCCCUUUUGAAGAGACUGUCGUGGAUGGUGUCCAUGGGGCUUACAUUAAGCAGCGAGACGGUAUAUAUAAAAUGUAUUGGAUGGAUGAUACUGGCUAUAGUGAAAAAGCAACCAUUGCUUCAGUGACUUACCCCCGGGGAUAUCCGUAUAAUGGAACAAACUAUGUGAAUGUCACUACACACCUCCGGAGUCCCAUCACCAAGGUAGCCUACCUUUUCAUAGGACCUUCUAUCAAUGUUCAAAGCUUCAACCUUCAUGGAGAUGCUCAACAACUAGAUGUAUUUAUAGCCACUAAUGACCAUGCUUACGCAGUUUACCUUUGGACAGGUGAGGCUGCUGGACAAACGGCCUUUGUACAUGUCAUUGCAGAUCACCAAAAGAUUCUUUUUGAUCAGUCUGCCAUCAUUAAGAGCUCUCCUGUGUCUGAGGUAAAGGACUAUGCCGGAAUUGUAGAACGCAGUCUUCAGCAUUUCAAGCCAGUUUUCCAGCAGCUGGAGAAGCAGAUCUUGUCCCGUGUCCGUAACACAGCUAGCUUUCGAAAGACUGCUGAGCGCCUGCUGAGAUUUUCAGAUAAGAGACAGACUGAGGAAGCCAUUGAUAGGAUAUUCGCAAUCUCUCAGCAGCAGCAGCAGCAGCAGAGAAAACAGCAGCUACAAGGCAAGGCAAAGAAGAACCGAAGGCCAGCCAGGCGCUACAAGUUCAUUGAUGCCGUCCCUGACAUUUUUGCACAGAUUGAAGUAAAUGAGAAAAAGAUCCGACAGAAAGCUCAGAUUUUGGCACAGAAAGAAUUGCCCAUAGAUGAAGAUGAAGAAAUGAAAGACCUUUUAGAUUUUGCUGAUGUCUCCUAUGUGAAACACAAAAUUGGGGUACCAUUCAGAGGCCAGUUUGGGCAGGCCCAGAUGGUGACAACUGCCCGAAGCAGAGCUCCCUCAAUAUCUGCUUCCUAUACCAGGCUUUUCCUCAUUCUGAACAUUGCUAUUUUCCUUGUCAUGCUAGCAAUGCAACUGACUUACUUUCAGAGGGCCCAGAGUCUGCAUGGUCAAAGAUGUGUCUAUGCUAUCCUUCUGGUUGAUAGUUGCAUCUUACUUUGGUUGUACUCUUCUUGUUCCCAAUCACAGUGCUAGUCAUGCUACUGUCAACUGCCCAACCAUUCUGUGAUCCCUGGAAUCUAUGCAAAAUUCAAAAACUCCUAAGAGGAUGCUAA